AUGGAGUUGUUACAGAAGUUUAAACAAAAUGGGUUCUUUACUGCAGAAUUAUAUCAUUUGCUUGCUAAGAAGAAGUUGGUGGAUCCAUCAGAAGAGAUUGUCCCAUCAGAAUAUUUAAAGGAAAUCAAAAUGUCAACAACAGAACGUUUGCAACAAUUACUGCCUAUACAAGUUGAGAAUUACGUUAAAUCUGGUAGCAAGAGUAACAAAAUAGUAUUGUCGUUUUCGCCUAGAAUAAUUAUUUUUCAAAACUUUAAGCCUAAUGAAAAAGUCGUGGCCAAAUUUUCUGUUAAAAACAUAAGCAAGGCUCCCACGUAUUUGAAUAUGGUAUACAAGGAAUCUUCAUAUUUCUUUAUAAAACCGUGUGGAGGACAACUACUAUCCAGAUUGGCUCCAGGAAUUAGUAUUACGUUUGCUAUAACCUUCCAGCCUGUACAAUAUGAAGACUACACUCAUAGAGUAACUUUCUACACUGAUGUUGAUCAAUACGUUUUGCCACUAAUAGCAAUGGGACCAAGGCAUGUGUUUGAUUUCCCCGAUCGAGUAAUAAUCCCAAAGACACCACUCAAAAUUGAAAGUUAUGUUCUAGUUUCUGUGCACAAUAUUGGCAUAGUACCCGGUGGCUUUACAUUUAGCACAAGAUGUCCAUUUUCGGUGCAGCCAAAAUCUGCGUACUUGAAUCCUAAUCAAAAAAUUGACGUUAGAAUUGCGUUGAAGACAAUGCGCUUGGGUGACACAAAUAGCAUAUUGAGUGUUUUAUUUGAGACAGGAGAGAAGUUUAAAAUAGAAUUAUUUGGUUCAACUUAUACAGUCAGCGUGGAGUUGGAAAAGCAAGUGGUUAGGUUUUUUGACACCUACAAUACACUAGUUCGGCAGCAGACAUUUAAAAUCACUAAUAAGUCUGAUCACGUUCUAACCUACAUGUGUAUGAAGAAUGAUUGUGUUUACUAUGAUUUUGAAGAAAAAGUUAAACUGGCAACUGCGAUAUAUAAUUUAAAAGAAAAUGAAUCUAAUAAAACUGCAAAACUAGUUCAUUAUGAUGUUUUAAGUAGUGAUGAACAUGAGAGGAUUUAUACAAGGAUAUUUUUUGAUGAAAUUCAAGCGCUCGUUGCUGAUGAGUCUCUACAACAUCAAAAUAUGCAUUUUUCUAUAUCUCCUAUACAAGGAAAAUUAUGGCCUAAAAAAACAACAGAGUUAACAAUAACAUUUUCACCAAAAGAGAUCGGGGAAUUUAGCACAAUCGCAUAUUUGGACAUCGACGGAGUCAACGACCGUAUUCCCCUUAAAAUUGUCGGAACGUCGUUACCACCUUCUAUAAACCUAAAUUUAGAAACACUGGAUAUGGAUUGCGUUUACAUAAACAAAAAAUACGACUAUGAAAUUGUAGCCAUGAAUAAAGGUCAUAUCAAUGGACUAAUAGUGUAUAAACAUGUCCCGCCAUUAUUCGGAAGUAUAAUCACGUGCACACCAGAGAUGCGGUGCUUACGACCCGGUGAAAAAGACAUUUUCGUUAUUUCUUUCUGCAACUCAAAUCAAGGUCCUUUCUUUGAAGAAAUUAAUUUCUCUAUUCGAGACACGGAUGUAGUAUUGAAAGUUUAUUUAAAAGGAGUUGUAAUUUAUCCAUCACUGAUGUUUAGCAUUCCUUGCUUAGAUUUCGGAAUGGUGAGCUUAGGAAUUCCAAAAACCAUGGAAAUUGAAGUGAUAAAUGAAUCAAUAGUCGAUGUCGCUGCAAAUAUCAAAAUAUCAUCAGAUGGGCCUGAAAUAAGUAGCAUCACAUUGGAGGAUUAUGCUGUUGCUGAUACUCCUAAACCUAUUGUACCUCAAUGGCCUCGAGAAUUUAACAUAGCCCCUUAUAAAGUUAAUAUAGGUCCUCAAUCGCGAGUUUCGUUAAAGAUAACACUAACUGCAAACUUAAUAAGAGCAAACCAGACAUCUUUAGAAUUAGAGUUAGAUAAAUCUGAUAGUCCACCAAUAGUUUUACCCGUCACAUUCAACGCCAUGGUACCACAUAUCACACCAGCACCAGAUAUCAACCUAAGAGCAUGUUUUUUAGACUUCCCAUAUAAACAUGAAAUUGCUAUAUCCAGUAAUAAUUUCUGGGGGUACUUCACAAUAGUAGAACCAGAGGAACCUUCAACUUUAGAAAUUGAAGUUGGAGUAAAAGAAGGCAUCAUAAAACCUAACAGUACCCUAUAUUUACCAGUUACUAUAAAAACUAGUGUACUGGGUGCCCAGGAAUAUUCCAUACGGGUUCAUCUUUUUGGGCUGUCAACACCUGUAGAAAUUUGCCAUAUCAAUGGAUGCGGUGUAAGACCUAUAGUGACCUGUGCACCCAUGGCUCUGCAUUGGGGUCAAGUAAAAUUGUUAACAAAAACUCAGAAAACACUUACGUUAUGCAAUGACUCCCCAGUCGUUGUUAACUUCCGAGCGUCCCUGUUAAAUCGUGAUGGUCGAUGGCAAAUAACUCCUAUGGAAGGAUUUAUUGAACCUGAAUCUGAGACGGAUUUAUUACUUAAUCUGUACCUUAUAGAUGCUGACACCUACUCUAAUAAGGCGGUAAUUCAGUUGGAAAAAGUAAAAGAUAUAUUGGUACCAUUAUCAGCUACAGGUAUAGGAACUAGUAUAUUAGUCGGCGAAUUAAGAGACAAGGUGAUGCUGGGCCGUCACUUUACGAGAAUCCCUCUAAAUUGCCAAGUUAUAAUGGAAAACUGUGGCACCCGUAUGCAUGCCCUUGAGUGGAGUGAACACUAUAAAGCUCCUAAAACAAAGCAACACACUACAGGAUUUUUCAAUUUGGACCCUAAGAACUUCAAAAUGGCUGCUGGAGAAAAGUUGGAUUUAACAAUAACAGGUUUAUCUCACAAAGUGGCCACCGUGAAAGAAAUGUGGUAUUUGGUUGGAAGCGUAGAGGGCAUAAACAAAAAGGAAUUACUAUUGGAGUGCCAAAUCAUAGCGGAAUUUGUGGAUCCAAAAAUAGAGGUUUCUUCUAACGUAUUGGAGUUUCAGUAUGAUUAUGGUCCUUACAGUGAAUUCUAUAAAUUAACAGAUAUUGUCACCAUCAAAAAUGUUUCAAAAUUGCCCUUGGAUUUUGAAAUUAGCGUCAAACCGCCCUUCGCUCUUAUUCAAAAGCAAGGCACUUACAAGGUAUUACCACACGAAGAAAACUUGUGUGGGUGUAUAUGGUAUAGAGAAUCAGAUUUAAAUGUGCCAAAUAUUAUUACCGAAAAUGGACUCCAGCAAUCUAAGAUAUUUAUUGACUUUUUAACUCUUAAACCAGUGGACCCACUGCGAAAUGAGCCACUACAUUUCUUUCAAGAUAUAAAUAAAAUAAAAUUAGCUUUUAAUCUAACGCAUGUGAUUGAAGAACGCUUAGAGGACCAAGAAGUCAUGAAAAUACAGAUUUUAUUUGACACAACCAAACAUCAAAAUCUUAAAUCUCGAGUAUAUUGUGAUUUAUUCAGAAUAAAAUUUAAAGGCCACAAGAACAAAGAUGCAAUCAAAUUAAUUGGAAAAAUAAACUUUCCAAACAUGUUUGUGUUAUCGCCACGAGUUGAUUUUCAAUGUGUGCUCAAUGGAAGCAUUGAAAGUAAAACUAUAAAAAUUCAAAAUGUGACACCUCUUCUAGUUUGUUACAGAUUUAAUUGGAAAAAGUUUGCAAUAACUCCAGUUGGAUCUGCAGUUGAUAAUCCAGAGCAAGAAACCACGGCCAGGGACGUUGCAUCUCCUCCUUAUGAACUUGACGAGAUCAGCUCGACAAAUAACGAUGACGUCAAAGAGGAUUUUAAUUUUAAAAGGUUCAAAACUAUGAGUAAAAUAACUCCAAUGAUAGAUGCGGAUUUUGAAUCAGAAUUUGAAUGGAGUUAUAAGUUUUUUAAGAAAGAUGUGCGAUUCCACAUUGGGGCGAAUGACGUUUUACAGUUUUCACCACAUCGCGGUCUAUUAAAACCGAAUGAAGUACAAUACGUUCAAGUAAUUUUCAGACCUAAGCUAAAUAUGAAUAUUCGCGCUAUCUUGGAAUGUGAAGUACUUGGUGGUCCUCCCGAAACCAUCGUAGUGACGGGCCAAAGCUGUGAUUUGAUGUACAAAUUAAACGCACGUAAAAUUAAUUUCAAAAUAAGAUCUUUCCAUGAAAAUGCAAUAGAACAACUUAUCAUGACUAAUAUAGCACAGUUACCUUUUGAAUAUAAAACAUAUUUAAAUGAACCUAAAUUUGAUAACGACUUGUAUGGAACCAUCUUAAACAUCAUACCAGAUGAAAAAAUUUUGGAACCGGAAGAAACCAUUGAUGUCAAUAUUGAAGUAAGACCAGGAGCAAUGGGUUAUUUUAACACGGAAUUUAUGUUAGAAAUUGGACAUUUGCCACUUAUACCUAUUGAAGUAUUUGGGUGGGGAGUGAUACCACAAGUAUACAUAUCGUUACCAAGGCCAGAAAUUUCGAAGCUUAACCCGGAACUGGGAUAUAAAGCAAUACCUACAUUGACAGAAGAAUAUUUAGAAUCCAUACAUGAAAUAUUAAUUCGAAGCACUUCAGAACACUUAAAUUCACCGCUAACUGAGAAGUGCUUUGAAGAUCCUAUGUUUCAAUCGGAAUGGCAUAUUUGUUCAUCUUGGGAUGCGUAUCCAUCCACGAUGGAUAUUGAACUUGCUAUUGAAAGGAUGUUAGUUAUCAAUUACAUACGUAUGCGUCCAGACGUGUUAAAUGUCUAUUCUACUUCGUCCAAAAUGAUACCAAUACCAGGCUUUCAGACAACGCCAUACGUAAUAGAUUAUGGAGUAGUUAUUACUGGCAGCACAGUGCAGUGCUGUGUUGACAUAAUUAAUUACGGACCUAUAAUAACUAAACUCCAUUUCGCCAAAGGAACUCGUAUUCCACAGUGGCUUGGAUUAAAAUUAUGCGGAAAACUGAAUGCGGGCGAAACAGGAAAAUUAGAAGCUACAUUUGCCCCUACUUCAAACGAUUUCACUGAAUUAGAACAGAAUGUUGAAACAUCUUUCAAUAUCGACGUGCCGUAUGGUGUGACUAUUCCGAUUCAAAUUAAAGCAUUGUGUGCGGUACCAUAUUUAGUUUCGAACGUAAAAACAAUAGACUUUGGUACCAUAAGAUGUGGUGACAAAGUAAUUUGCUCCAUACCACUCAAAAAUGUUGGAAAACCUACUUGCAUUUGGUACGUAAAUUUAAAAGCGAAGAGUCCCGGACCCAAUCCUAUGACGGUCUUAGAUAAUUCUGGUAAAUAUGAACCGGACGAAGGUGGAUGGUUGAGUUUGGCUUUCAAGCCUACAAUGGAGUUACCGUACGAAGGAAUUCUCAUAUUUAAAUUCCAUAUGAAUCCAAAUAGAAUGACUAUUCCUGUAAUAGGACAAGGGAUCUUACCUCAAGUUCAUAUCAUAGGACCAAACGUCAACUUCCCACCUACAUUACCUUGGGCUGAAACUACAGAUAUAUAUUUUGGUUUAACAAAUCCUUGUCCAUUUCCAAUCGAAUUAAUUAUUGCUCAUAGUGAUGUCAAAUGGAAUAAGGAAGAUGAAAUUUAUCAACUGCUAUAUAAAUAUUAUAAUAAACCUAAUGAAAUGUUAGUUUCGGCUAUAAAACCAGGAGCGGGUAUGCCUCAAGAAAUAUUGAAUUUUUACUCUAAGUUUAAGGAACAAGUCAGGAGAUGUAUUGAAGAAGAAGGUCAGAUGUCCAAAGCUUCAACUGCACGGCAAUCUGCUUCUACUAAAAAAGCACAAAAGAGUCCUAAAACAGCUCCAAAAACAUCAGCUGUGAAGGAUGCGGCUGGUCCAAGAAAGGCAAGAACUGAAGCAGAAAUUGUUAAUGAUAUUAUGAAAUCUAUGAAAGACAAUGGUGUUGAUCCACUUAAAGAGUGUCUUGAUGUGUGUGAUAGUGCAUCGUCUGUUAUUGAUACCGACAAACACUCAAAAGGGAUGCUCAUAUUCUUUCAUGGUUCACCAUGUGAAGAAAUCCAUUGCCAAGAAAUAGCAUAUUCAACUGGCAAAGCCCUGGGUCUACCUACUAUUAAUGCAGACGUAUGUGUGGUUGAAGCAUUGCGUGUAAGUCAAUGCAGCGCCAAAACGGUGUUAAUAACUGCUAUAAAUGAAAUGUACGAACUGACACGAAAAUGUAAUAAAGAAUCUGAUGAAACAGGAAUGGAAUGUGAAGACAAUAUAUUUGAAGAAACAGAUGAUGAAUUUGAUAUUAUAUGGAAGAAAAUUGAAUUUUUGUCAAACAGUAAAAACGUAAACACCCCUCGUUCCAAAGCAAGUGAUAAAAAGAAAAAAAGGUCUCCCACAUCCUCUAUAGCAUCCCAUACAGCGCUAGGAGCUAUGGGUUCUACAACAAUGUUCCAUAUGGAUUUGACCCAAGAACUCCUCAACGAUUACUUCAGUCAACCUAAAUUUAGCCGUGGGUUCAUCGUAGACACCUUAACAAGUAUCGUUUUCAAAAACCCGUCACUAGUAAUAACUACUCUCAUAAAAUGUAAAAGCAACAUAUGGAACAUACAUCUCGUAUUGUGCCAAGCAGAUUUUUCAAAGUGGGUUCAAAAUUACGAAGAAACUCAAAGAGAACAUGAAAAUAUAGAUGAAAAUUUAUCAAAAGUAUACGAUGAAACAGAAAUAGCAGAGAUUGUGGAUUCUUUCGAAGAAAUGGGAGAUGAUGAGUAUGAAAAUGCAAAUCCUGAGCUUAAGUCCAUUUAUAUUACCUACGGUUUAGAAGAAAGGAGAAUGAAAUAUUUCGAAAAAAGAGGAUACCCCAAUGAUAGUCUUAAGCCCGAGAAAAGUGCGAAAGAUCGCAGUAAGUCAUUGUUGGUUGUUGAUAACGAAUCAAAGAAAAAAAUUAAAAAAGAAGAUGCCAAAGGAAAACCUACAAGUGAAUACGUUUUAAUGAGUACAAAAUACAAUGAUUAUUUGAAAAACACGUAUGAGAAUUUAAUUAAUUUAGCAAAUAAUUGGAUAUUAGAAGAAUGUGACGUAGGCUUUCCCAUAGUUGGCUUUAAUGGACAGGUUGUAGGUUCAACUCAUAAGAAAGUUAAGAAAAAGUCGGAGAUGCAAAUACAGGCGUCCGAUGUCGAUAUCACUGAUAGAGGAUUUCCAUUAACGCUAGUUAUGUGCCCAUGUUUGCGCUACAAGAGAGCAAUUGUAAAUAUGUUUUUACGUUCAGAACUUGUUCGAGAAGCUCUUCAAGAAGAAGAAGUAUCUGACAUACUCAAAUGUCCCGUAAAUAUCAAAGAGUUUACAGUUUUAUUGCCGAAAACAUUCCCAUUGAUUCUGAAUGAAGAACCACUGCAAUGGCGUUACUUGGAGGAAGCACCGAUUAAAAAAUGCGAAUGCAAUCCUCUUACUGAUUUAAAUUUACUGGAUGAUACAACCCAAGAGAAUGUUCUUCAUAUACUCUCAAAAUGGCACUGCACGUGUGGUAAAAAGGUUACAUCUUCACAAACAUCCACAAGUGAAAUUCCAUCCAUGUCUGUUGAGAAAAUAAUAUCGGAAGAAAACCCUGAGUACUUAUAUCCCUUACCACUACGUAGUGUGAAAUCCACAAAAGAUCAUGACGAUAGAAUAAUACUGCAACCUGGAGAUCUAGUGAGAUGUAAAUAUUCAUUUAGUCCGCAAGUGGAGGGUAAUUACAAUGUGAAACGAUUUGUUGAAGUUAGCGGUUGGCCAGAAUCUCGAGUCGACAUUAAUAUUUCUGGAAUUUGUGAUUUGCCACGAUUGGAUAGCCGACCCAAAAAAAUGUUUGAAAAUUUCGUUCGAAGAAUUGUGGAAGACAAAGUUUACAAAGUAACUUACAUAGACGAGCAUAAGUUAUUUGAAUUUGGACCUAUUUUCAUUGGAAGUAACCGGAUAUAUGAAGAACACUAUUCAAUUGAUUUAAGAAAUUCUUCAUUAAUAACAGCUGAUGUUGCCAUAGAAUUUUUGGAAGACACCUCAGUUUUUCAAAUUGACAAAACAUUUAUACGAUUGGAACCUGGUUGUCGAGGAAAAGUAACUGUCUUCGCAGCGCCAGCGGAUCUUGGAGUUCAUACGAGUGUAUUACUAUUUUGUGUAAAGGAUAAUCCGGAGAUAGUUUCAAUAAAAAUAACUUGCAGUGGUGUCGUACCUGUUGUAGAAAUUCUACCGCUGACUAAGACUAUUGAAUACGGUCGACAUUUACUAUAUAGAAGAGAAGAUGAUCGUUUUAUUGUUAAAAAUGACUCAAUAUUACCAAUUAUGUGGCAAAUUCGUAACCCUCAGGAUUUUAUCGAAGAUUUUAUAAUAGCACAGACAUCUGGAAUAGUUCAGCGCCAAGAUAAUCAAGUUGUGCCUGUCACCUAUAUCGCCUGUAGAGUUGGGGUCACAGCUCAUAAAGCACUAACGAUUGAUAUAUACGAUGCUGAAGGGAGAGGAAACCCAAUGAUUGUGGAUGUUCUUUAUUUAUCAGCAGAAUGUUACGAUGUUAUGGUUGAGUGUGCAUACGAAAAUCCGAGUGAAAAUUUCUUAAAUUAUGGCAAUGUUAAAGUGAAUUCCACCGUUUACCAAGAAAUGUACCUCUUAAAUAGAGGCAAAUAUAAUAUUUUUUACAAGUUAAAAAAGGUCAAAAACUUUCCUCAGCCUUCCUUAUUAAAGUCCUUUGAGGCAGUCCCAGACUAUGGAGUUAUACCACCAACUUUGAAACUAGUUACUAUAGAAUUUGAAUGUACACCUACAACCUCGAUGAAUUUAAUAAAUGUCCCAGCAUAUACGUGUUCAUUGUUAGAUGGCAGUAAAAAUCAAGUGGUUGUCGCAAAAUUUCCAGUUUGUGUUACUAUAGCCUCGUUUUAUAAUACAUUUACGCUCUUUCCACUGGGAGAGCUGAAUUUUCAUAUCAUACCGGUUGGCAGUGGUGUAAUGCGAGAUGUAAUUUUAAACAAUACCAGUAAAUGUCCCAUAACAUACGAAAUUAUACUGCCGCCUGAAUAUCAACCUGAUCCUGAUGCACCUCAACCUACGGCAAAACUAAAAGACAACAAAAUUAAAAAUCCACCCCUAAAAUGUGGAAAUUUCUUCAUUAUGAAUGACGAUAAUUUACUCGCUCCGGGAACGAGUCGGACACUUCAAAUACAAUUUAUGGCGACAGCGGCUAAAACAUUUGAGGAGACAAUCAAGUUUAUUAUAAGUGACACCUGUCCAGCCGAAGCGUGCGGUGUACCGCUUAAAUUAGUUGGAACCGGUGCGAUGCCAACGUUAGACUUUUGGAAUAUAGAAACAACAUUCCGAGAACAUUUAAUUGUGAAAAAUCUUUCUGAAUAUAAAGUUCCAGAGUCCUCGCCACAUUGCGUUUUCGUGGAAGAUUCAGUGACAUUACAUUUUUAUUGCGUUAAUGUCAAUACAAGUUAUACGGCAACAAUAGAUUUGUACAAUAGUGGCUUAGUAGCUUCUGUUCUUAGUAUGAAACUACAUUAUCAGUCAAACUCGAACCCUGAUAUCUUCUCUUUGGAUAAAUAUGAGACUCACAUCGAGCCAUUAUUACAUAAAAAUCUAGGAAUUAUAUUUAGCCCAAAAACUCUUAUAGAGUACAGAUCUGUACUGGAAAUUAAAUUAAAACUGCUCGAUAAUCAGGAACAAUCUUUUAGAGUAUGUUUAAUUGGUGAAGGAGUCAUUCCAAGAAUUCGCCUUGUUACCCCUCAAUUACGACACCAUAGAAUCGCAUUGUUGCAAUUCCCAGUGACAUGUUUAGGAUCUAUCAGUAACCAACAAAUACGCUUCAGAAAUAUAAGUUCGGUCAAAACCGAAGUAAUUGCAGAAGUAUUGUGUCCACUCAAAGAAGAACGACCCGUAUUUUGGAUAACCACGAGUCAUGGAAGUGAACGCAUGAUUUUGCAAGGCAACAAUGAUUAUAUUAAUGAUAGUAUGCGACUCAUCUUGCGUCCAAAAGAGUUAGCUACAUUAAAUGUACAUUAUAAUCCAAUACGAAGAGGCAGAAUUUCCUGCGAUGUCAAACUAACAAUAUUUGAAAAUCCUUAUGAGUUUUUCGUCGUAUUGUGUGAAGCUGAAGCAUUUAUGGAAGAUGUUAUAUUAUUGGGUCUAGAGAUGCUAUCAAUGGAUCUUGAUUUGGAUGCUUAUAAAUCAGCAGAAGGCACUAUUUCCACGGCUUCAACGUUAGAUAGCAGAAAGAAAAGUAAAAGUGCAGCACCGUUUGAAAAAAGAAAAUCUAAAAUAGAUACAAAGAAAAGUAAGAGAAUGUCGCAAGCAUCGGUUAAACAUAGUGACACUACCAGCAGUAUGGAACAUUAUGUACAAAAAUAUGUUCUGGAAUUUGGUGGUUGCGAACUUUGCGCUAUCCAAAAAAGGGCUAUCAUAAUGGUUAACAAUUCUGAAAAAAUGUAUAGGUUUAGUUGGGAAGAAGUAGAACCUAUAGUUGUUAGACCAUCUAUUGGUUAUAUUUUACCUGGUGAAGAAAAAGAUUUGGAAAUAAUGUUCUUUUCUCAGAAACCCGUUUCAAUCAGAAAGGAGUUCCUAAACCUAACCUUAAUGGCUGUUGAUGACGCUCUGACCGCUGACAUACGAGGUAUAGCUUGGGACAAUCGACAGACCGUUACCAUAUUUGACCAUAAUGAAGACAUUUGUGUUAAUGAGAGAUAUGAAGAAAUAAUCACGGAACAGUCCCACGUUGCACCUGAAAAUGUACUAGAUGUUUUAAAUAUGAUCGUUGUUUAUUCUGCUUUAACUGAAUAUACAAAGUAUACUUGUGAUUUAGGAGAAGACAUUAAUUUGGAGGAUACCUUUAUUUAUCAAAUAAGAAACUUCAAUUUCAAAGUAAAAAAUGUUGGAAAGGUUCCAAUGAAAGUUAUUUGGAAUUUUGUCAUUGAUGAUGAAUUUCCAACUAGAAUAGAUAAGCCUCCAAUAAAGAAGGCGAUGGAAACUGUUGAAGAAGAAGAUGCGAACAAUGUCGGUGGUGAUUCAAUUAAUCGUGAAUCUAUUGAGAAUAAAAAUGAUGGUCCAAGUAAAGUGACACUGUUUAGUGAAAAAAGUAGCAGAGAAAGUGUCGAUACUUGGUUUGAAGUAGACUUACCGUUUAUGAUAGAGCCAACAAAAGAAUGCUUAAAACCCAACGAAAGUUGCACUUUUCAAGUUACGUUUGCGCCUCUUGAUGCAUUUAUGUAUAGAGUUAGACUAAAAAGUGUAAUAGAUAAUUUGGAUCCAUACGAUAUGAACAUAUCAUGCAAAAUAACAGCUAAAUCUUUAAUUCCUUACGUACAUUUAGAUAUAGAAGAAAGCGAUUAUUUGACAUCAGGGAGAAGAAAAGUUUCCGGUGUAGCAUUACCAAAACACAUCACUGUAUUAGAAUUUAAUGUGCUCGGCUCUGGGUGUUAUAAGAAGAUCUUUAAUGUUAUCAAUCCUACGAGCGAGGCAUAUGAAUUUAUAUUUGAAAUGGUGAUGUCGGACAAACCUGAACUUAUACCAGUACAUUGUAACAUGCUAAAAGGUUACGUAGAAGGUGGAACUUCAACAGAAGUUGAAUUUACAUUUUCACCGACCGCACCAGGGGUUUAUGAAUCUCAAUGGAAGUUUAUAAUUCCUGUAUAUUCGAUAAUAAUGAAUCUGCUUGUGGUGGGCAUCGUACGAGAGCCGGAUAUUUCCUUCGUUCCAACAAUACUCUUGAUACGUAAUUCGUUAGUAGGAUUCACUACGGAAAAUAUCGUUAUAUUAAAGAACAAUGAAAGCGAAGCAUUGAACUUUGAAUUUAAAGGAAACUCUCUCUGCAAUGAAUCUGGCAAGACACCGGUCAUAGUAGAGCCAGAAAAGGGAGUAUUAAAAGCGCAAUCUGAAACAGAAAUAAAAAUUAUUUACACACCAAUACAAGAUGGACCGCUUUCGUUUAAAAUUUUCUGUAGCAUACAAUACUUGACCAAGCUACUAACGUUGUGUGUGAAUGCCCUAAGUCAUUCGAUUAAACCUAAAAUAACUUAUUAUUUAAUUGGCAAUGACCACAUUCUGAGCAGUGACGCACUUACAAAUAUCCAUCUUGACCAGACAGCGUCAACAUACCAAAGAACAAUUCCAUUUUCAAUUAAGAACGACGGCUCAGCAACGUUUUAUUUCGAGUGGUAUUACAACUGCAGUUCGGUGAAGAAGUAUCUACAAGUUAGCGUAGAGCCCAACAGCGGACACGUUAGCCCUGGCAAUACAGUAGAAUGUACCGUCUACUUUACGCUAAAACAAGUUCCUGUACAAGCGUUUCCAAUGACCUUAUCGGUUUCUGAUGGUCCUGAAUAUAACAUUUAUCUUCACGCUGAAAUAGAAAAGCCCUUGUACCACUUUUCUUGCAUGGAAUAUGAUUUUGGAAAAUGUAUAGUUAACGCUCCGGAUACCACGUACAAGAAAAACAUCGCCUUUGAAAAUGACGAUAAAGAGCAAAUAACCUUGGACCUUAACUUUUCAAGCAUCCCAGAAUUAUUUGUUUACUAUCGAAAUGAAGCAAUUGUAGAGGCCGGUCAAAGAAUGAAAAUCUCAAUAUACUUUAGACCUAAACAAGUCAAGCAAUACGAGUUUAAAUUACAUUUCUGGGUGAAUUCGUUGUGUGAAGAAAUUGUAACAAUUAAAGGAGAAGGUGUCCCUCUUCUAUUCGAUUUGUACGAAGGCUGUCAAAAGAGUUUCGAUCUAGGUCCUGUGAAAGUAGGAGAAAAAAUAGUGCGUCAAAUCGAAGUCAUGAAUCACAGUAAAGUCCCGAUAGAGGCUAGCUUCAUUUUCCGAGACACAUACGGUAUUCUUGACGAUGGAACAAAAUCUGAGGGAACCAGUGUCUGCCUGAGUCCCAGUGCAGCCAAUACGCAAAUUUCAGCUGAUGCAGGUCCCUCUAGAAAUGAAAUGCUACAACAAUACAAGGAUAAUAAAAUUCAAGAGCAAAUUGCAAUGGACAUACAAAAUGCACUCUCGUCGUUAAAGGUUAUACCAAACAAAUGCGUCAUAAAACCGUACAGGAAGGUGCCUCUGAAAAUUCAGUUCAAACCGAUAGGAAUGAUCAGUAAGCUGAACGUACAGUUGAACAUGAAAGUAUUCCAAUUUGAGAGACCUCUAGUCCGUCUUAGCGGCAGUGCCACCGGAAUGAGUUUGUGCUUUAGCCAAAAUUCGUUGCAAUUCGGCCGAGUUCGCAAGCGAGGUUGCAAGAUUCUUAAAGUCAUGUUGUUAAAUAAAGGAGACUUUGGUGCGAGAUUUUGGUGGCAGCCAUUGAAAUCAGACGAAUUCCAAAUAUCUCCUAUGCAAGGUAACAUUGCGGCGCGCACAAAUGUUACCUUUACAAUAACGUUCAGACCUGCUGAACAUAAUCCCUUUAUUAAAGUUUGGGCUAGUUUAAAUAUUGAAAAUUACCCUCCGCUAGAAUUAGCUCUUUACGCCACUUGUGUAGACAUUGGAAAUGUCCAGAAUAAAACUCUAUAUUUAGAAUGUCCAGUAAGAGAAGUGCAAACAGGAUAUAUAGUGGUCACUAACCCGUCGGACGAUCUGUGGCUAGUGUUAUCUGAAGGAUCAGGAGGACCAUUCGAGACACUAAAAGAGUUUAACGUGGAACCAAACUCCACAUUCGACAUACCCGUCCACUUUAAACCCAAAACAAUUGGAAAGCAUGAGGCACAAAUAUUAUAUUCCCCAUUGGGAGAGAGCGCACUUUUCGUCCAGAUGGUUGGAGCAGCAACACAUCCUAACCCCAACGGUACUAUAAACAUAAGUGUUGCCGCCAAAGACUUCCAUACUGAGGAGCUGUUCGUUUACAAUAUUACAGAGUUCCCAGAAUCAUACUUGGUAUCAACAGAAAUUGUUAAGAUCAUACCAGAAAAAUUCGAAGGAUACUACGAAAUACACCACCCUGACACUGUAAAAGUUUGGGGUGAAGCUGCUGCAACGUGUCGUUGGACGUUUGUUUGUUACGAAGAAUGUGAAAUACAAGCUAAAGUUUUAUUCGUCAACGAAGAUACUCGUGAAUAUCAAUUUUACAAUAUAGUAGUGACUGUGACUCCGAGUAAGAUUGUGGAUACACUGACAUUUACAUCUCGCGCUCGCGAGUCUGUUCAAAGGGAGCUGGUUAUUAAGAACCCCCUGUCUUCAGAUGCUGAAUUUCAUAUACUAUCUGAUAAAGUAGAAUGCGCCAAUAAAAUAAUGGUUAACAGGAAAUCUGAGGCCAUUCUUGUGAUGACCUAUUCCCCACUUGUCGUCGGAAAGACAGAGGAAUUUUUAGAAGUCAGUAAUCACUUGGUUGGUUCCUACAUUUACGGCAUAGUUCUGACAUGUCUACCAGCUAAGGAGAAAAAUCUUGAAUUUUCUACCCCUUUAGGUACUUCGAUACCAUUGCGUCUCAGAGUGCAAAAUAAAACUGAUGUCAGAACAGAUUUUAUUGCUACAGUAUCACAUCCCUCAAUAAUAACUGAUGCUGAAUAUUCGCUAGGCCCGUUUGAAAAGGGCAAAUUCCAAGCUAAGUUUGAACCUACUGAGCUUGGAGUGCAGCACUGCAGGGUAUCUUUUGAUUCUCCCGUUGCUGGUGAAUUUGUGUUUAAAAUAAAAGGAAACGCUACUGAACCAAAGCCUCAGGGGCCCUAUGAAAUUAGAGCUGGCUCAUACACGACAAUCACAUUCAAAAAUGUAUUCGAAGAUACACGAAUGUUUAAAAUAUUUGUUGAUAAAGAUGAGUUCUAUGUGAAAACAACAUAUGAACCGCUAAAACCUAAAAAGGAUAUUAAGAUCCCAGUUUAUGUAAAUGAAAAUACAGUAGACUGGGCGUCGAGGGAACAUCCGACAGGAUGUCUCACCAUUGAGACAUACGAACCAUCGGAGCCUAAAGUCCAAUGGACUUAUUUUCUACAAGGGCUGCCAUAA